GCCGUCGUGUCAGGCCAGACGGCUCGACAAGCUAGUGACGUGCGCGUGCGCGGGACAGCACCGCAUACCUAUAAGCAACAUGACUUGACACUCAAUGCCACAUAUAAGAGCAUAGGUGACCGCCUGCUGUCGUCAAAACAACGCCUUCUCGAUCAACAAAGGUCAGGAAGCGCACCGGAUUGAGAAAAAUUGUUGCCCUGCUGCCCACGCCAUACAGCUAUCGCAGCUGUCCUACAUGAACUUCAUGGAAGCUAUCUGAAGUGAAGUUUUCGAGAUUUUUGUCAUUAGUUUGAUCAAGACACGAUGCCUUCAACACUCCAAGUCCUGUCCGUCCUGUUCGCCGCGGGCGCAGGUCUAUACCAAUUUCUGUUACGCGAUGUCAUAUUCACCACAGUUGGAGUAGGCAGGACGGUGCUCCCGAUCUCUUCAUUCCCGUACCAUUGCCAGCGUAUAACAGGAGACCCCAAUCUUCAAGCAUGUGAGGAUAUGUGGCUCGAUGAGAAGUCGAGGACGCUAUAUCUCGCGUGCUCAGAUCCUGUGGCCCGGCGGGAUUGGAUGCCAAACAUCCACCGUAUGAAUGCGUCGGGAAGAGCUCUGAACGACCACAUUGUCGCCAUGGACAUCGACAGCCCGAGCAGUGAAGGAGGGUAUACUUACCGGGUGCUCGAGACGCCAGAUUUCUCCGGGGUUCAUGGUGACGGUCGCAUCCAUGUCGUGGGCAUGACGGGUUCGGUUUCCGAAGAUGGAGAGAAUCAAUUGUGGUUGAUCAACGCUCGACCUUCGGUUGAUCCUACCACUGGACAAUUGCUGGACAACGCCGUCGUUGGAGGAAAUUCAACGAUCGAGCUUUUCACGACAGCGCCCGGCUCGGGAAUCGCGAGACAUGUCAAGACAUUUGCCGAUCCUCAGAUAACCACGCCGAAUAACGUGGCGGUCACUAAGGAUGGGGCUUUCUUCUUCACGAAUGAUCACGGACCGCACAAGGUUGGCUUGUUGCAUCAUCUCUCGCCCGUGCUGGCAACAGGUGACGCCUCCUAUUGCUCGGCGGCAGGCGAAUGCAAGCAAAUUGCGAAAGGUUUCAGAUUCCCCAAUGGGCUUCACUUGGGGAGUGAUGGGCUGCUUUACAUCCCCAGUGCAGCGAUGAGAGGGAUUGACAUCUUCAAGCCUGCUGCCGAUGGAUCAGUCGAAAACGUGCAUCAUAUCCACCUCGACUAUCCCAUCGAUAAUCUGUCCGAGGAUGCGAACGGAGAUAUCUUCGCAGCGGCUAUGCCCAAGGGUCUCGCAACGCUCGCAGCAUUCGAAGAUCCAAUGAACGGGCCGAUUCCGCCGGCGACUGUCUGGCGUGUGAGGAGGGUGAAUCGAGAAGUCGAAGACAAGUACGAAUAUGAGCUGUUCAAGGUCAUUGAAGAUGCUGCUGGGGAGAAGUUGCCUGGGGCCACCACGGUCAUACACGACUCCUCGACUGGCAGAUUGUUCUUGAGCGGUGUUGUCUCUCCAUUCAUCACUGUCUGUCAGAAGAAGAUCAUCUGAGGUGCCUAAGCUCCUCAAGGGGGAAUGGAAUCUCGCCACACUCGAAAGAUAUGGUCUUGACCCAAUUGAAGUCUGCACAGUAGAAUGCCCUGGAGGUUCCCAUUGUCCCAUAAGUCUCGAAGCCUCACCUUUCCUACGACUGUUGUCGUCGUUCACUGUCGACGUCAUACCCAUAACAUGGUAAGAAGCAGCAACGGAGAGUCGGUAACUGUUCACCGAAGUUCCGUCGGUUAGAGCCAAUCACGUUUGCUUGCGCCCCCUGUUCGUCGAUCGACCUCCACAGCGGACCCCUGAAUAUCUCUUCUUUCUUUUCAAAACACAG